AUGAAGCCUGGGAAAUCACCACAUCCAAAGAAUUUACUUGGAGUAAAAGAUCACUGACUUCUACAAUGGAAAAGUCAUGGAUGCUUUGGAACUUUGUUAAAAGAUGGCUUCUAGCUUUGGCUUCCUGGUCUUGGAGUCUCUGCCGUAUUUGUCUUUUACCUUUGAUAGUAACUUUUCACUUGUACGGAGGCAUUAUACUACUUAUAUUAAUAUUUGUCUCAAUAGCGGGUAUAUUAUAUAAAUUCCAGGAUGUGCUGCUUUACUUUCCUGAACAGCCCUCUUCAUCACGCCUUUAUGUUCCUAUGCCUACUGGUAUACCGCAUGAAAACAUCUUCAUCAAAACCAAAGAUGGAGUUCUUCUCAACCUUAUUCUGCUGAGAUACACAGGGGACAAUGCAGCAUAUUCUCCAACCAUCAUUUACUUUCAUGGGAACGCAGGCAACAUUGGCCACAGGUUGCCAAAUGCUUUGUUAAUGCUGGUAAACCUGAAAGUAAACUUAAUUCUUGUCGAUUAUAGAGGGUAUGGAAAAAGUGAAGGAGAAGCAAGUGAAGAAGGUUUGUACUUAGAUUCUGAGGCUGUGUUAGACUAUGUGAUGACUCGGUCUGAUCUUGAUAAAACAAAAAUUUUUCUUUUUGGCCGUUCCUUGGGGGGAGCAGUAGCUAUUCACUUAGCUUCUGAAAAUUCCCAUAGGAUUUCUGCCAUCGUGGUGGAGAACACCUUUCUUAGCAUCCCAUACAUGGCCAGCACUUUGUUUUCUUUCUUUCCAAUGAGGUAUCUUCCUUUAUGGUGCUACAAAAAUAAAUUUCUGUCCUACAGAAAAAUCUCUCAGUGCAGAAUGCCUUCUCUCUUCAUCUCUGGGUUGUCUGACCAGUUAAUUCCACCAGUUAUGAUGAAGCAACUUUAUGAAUUAUCCCCAGCUCGGACUAAGAGAUUGGCGAUAUUUCCUGAUGGAACUCAUAAUGACACUUGGCAGUGCCAGGGUUAUUUCACUGCACUUGAACAGUUCAUCAAAGAAGUAAUAAAGAGUCACUCCCCUGAAGAAAUGGCGAAAACGUCAUCUAACGUAACAAUAAUAUGAUUGAUAUUCUUCUUUGGCGUGGGGUAGGGAGGAGUACCUGCACUGUACCUUGAUUUGUGAAAAGUGUAAAAGAAUGUCCAUUUUUAAAUGUUUUGUCAUGUCUGUACUUGCCUAGAGAGUGAAAUUAAACUUGGAAAGGUCUGAUGCUUUAUUAAGAUGUUCCAGAUAACUUUUACAUUUGCAGCAUUGUAAAUGAACCAUUUUAUGUCUUUCUCAUACUUUUUUGGUAUCUCUGUCCGUAUAUUCCAUUUGUUUGAUAUGUACAAUGGAUGCU